UAUGAUGAUAUGCAGUGAAGAGUGAACUCUGAAACGACAACUGAUUUGAGAGCUUAGGGUUCCGAGCGAAUCGCUCUCGGAUUGAGAGUUCAUUGGAGACUUCAAAUUUUCAAGCGAUUAAAGCAGAGCAGGAAAUGAAAGGGACAGAGGUUUUUGUUGGUGGUUUGGCCCGUACCACUACUGAAAGCAAAAUUCAUGAGGUAUUUUCUUCAUGCGGUGAGAUUGUGGAAAUACGGUUGAUAAAAGACCAGAUAGGCAAUGCCAAGGGGUUUUGCUUUGUACGAUUUGCAACAAAAUAUGCUGCUGACAAAGCUCUGAAGGAAAAAUCUGGAUAUGUGCUGGACGGGAAGAAAAUUGGGGUUCGCCCCUCAGUUGAGCAGGACACUCUAUUUCUUGGAAAUCUUAACAAAGGUUGGCGUGCCGAGGAAUUUGAGAGUAUUGUGCGCCAGGUUUUUCCAGAUGUCGCAUCUGUUGAUCUUGCAAUUCUUGGAGAUGUCAAACUUGGUCAGAAGCAACGAAAUCGGGGAUUUGCCUUUGUGAAAUUCUCAUCUCAUGCUGCUGCGGCUCGUGCUUUACGGGUAGGCUCCCAAUCUGAUUUUCUCAUCGGUGGCAACUUACAUCCAUCUGUACAGUGGGCUGAGGAGGAACCUGAAGUUGAUCCUAAUGAACUUGCUCAGAUCAGAGUUGCCUUCGUCAGAAACGUACCUCCCGGUGCUGAUGAAGAUUACUUGAAGAAGCUCUUUCAGCCCUUUGGCAAUGUAGAGAAGGUAGCUCUAUCAAGGAAGGGUAGUUCCACGAUUGGAUUUGUUUACUUCGAUAAGCGAUCUGAUCUUGACAAUGCUAUUAAGGCAUUGAAUGAGAAAACUGUACACGGGCCAAUGGGAGGUCCCUCAUGCAAGAUUCAGGUCGAAGUUGCGAGGCCAACGGACAAGAACAGGAAACGAGGUCAUGAGGAUCAAAAAAUGUCCAGUAACAUUGAGAGUCAUUCCAAGCUUUUGAAGGAUGAUCCAAAUGUUGAGAUGGUGGGGGCUCCUAAAUCAAAAGCUCAACCGGAAAUGGAUUAUUUGGAUCCUUAUGAAGCUGCUGUAAUUGCACUUCCUGUGGUUGUCAAGGAGCGUUUAGUUCGGAUCUUGCGGCUUGGUAUUGCUACUAGAUAUGAUAUAGAUGUUGAAAAUCUAACCAGUCUUAAGAUGUUGCCCGAGUCAGCUGCCAUAUCUGUUCUUGACCAGUUCAUGUGGUCUGGAGCUGAUAUGCAGAACAAGGGAGGAUUUUUAGCUUCAUUAAUUUCUAAACAGGUUGAAAAGCUGGGAUUGAAACAAUUCGAUAUUAAGUCGAGGAUAGAAGAUGUUGCCUUGAGGGUACCAGAACCAGACAGGUUCUCUACAAGAGUUCGUUUGCCAGAUCUAGAUUCAUAUGCCUCUCGAGUACCCUUGCCCAUGCCUAGGGCUGAUGUUUACACAUCUCGCUAUUCAGCGUAUUUAGAUCCCCAUCUAUCUGGUCGGGUGACAACAAAGAGGAUGGAGGAAGCAAGUUCCCAUUUGCAGGCGACUUCGCUUCUGUCUGGUCGGGUGACAACGAGGAUGGAGGAAGCAAGUCCCACUUUGCAGUCACUCCUCUCUGGUGGGGGGACGACAAGGAGGAUGGAAGAAGCAAGUCCCGUUUUGCAGGCGACAUCCCUUCCAUCUGGUCGGGUAUCAAGGAUGGAUGAAGCAGGUCCCAACUUUCAGGCGACAUGGAGUCCUUCAGCUCCUAAUGACAGAGCUGGACUUCAUUCUCGCAUUACCGCAACUUCUGAUCAUCAACAGACUCGACCACAGAUCAGGUUUGAUCCUUUCACUGGCGAGCCUUACAAAUUUGACCCCUUCACUGGCGAGCCAAUUGUUCCCGAGAGCUCAAGCCAUCAUCGAAGCCUGUACUGAACGUUUUCUGAGCCUAUUUGCAUAUGGCUAAUUGCCAAACUUAUGUAACAUAACGAUGCGUAUUUUUGUUCCACCACAGUUGUAAAAUAGUAGUAGCUGUUAGCAGGAUUAUUUGGUUAUCUUUCUCAUCUUCAUUGAUUACAAAGGUGCUAUUAGAAAUUUUGGCAUAAUAAUUUAAUCUCCUGUGGAAGUCUAUACUUUGAUAAUUGACAUUA